AUGUCAGCCUUACAUCAGCCUUCUCCCAUCGUUCCGUCCCAGCAUGGGCUUCCGCCUCCACAACAAAAUGGCGUCCGCGGCGGGGGUAGACCAACCCCAAGCGAACCAACCGCACUUCUAAGUUUGAUACCAUUAAAUGGCACUUUUGAAAGAAAACAGAUCACUGUUCCUUACUUUCCAGAGUCACUACGCAUAGGCCGGCAAACGAAUCCUAAAACCGUUCCGUCGCCUGUGAAUGGAUACUUUGAUUCGAAGGUUUUAUCUAGACAGCACGCUGAGAUAUGGGCUGAUAGGCAAGGGAAAAUAUGGAUUCGCGACGUAAAAUCCUCAAAUGGGACCUUUGUCAAUGGCCAGCGGCUGUCACCUGAAAAUAAGGACUCUGAGCCUCAUGAACUGCGAGAACACGAUACCCUCGAACUCGGAAUUGACAUUGUCAGUGAAGAUCAAAAGUCCAUCGUCCACCACAAGGUUUCAGCGAAAGUGGAACACGCUGGAGUUUAUGGACCGAGUAUGAAUGUGUUGGACUUGAAUUUUGGCGAUAUUGAUCCAACUUCUGGAGGCGGCCUUCUUCCCCACCAUCUCAGUCAGCCGCUAACCCAUAUGCGAGGCCGACAAGGCAGUACGUCAUCCGCUGGAAGCUCACGGACUACUCAAGGAGUGAAUGGAAAUCAGUUGAAUGCUAUGCACCAGCAGAGGCAGAUAAAUUACUGGUUGUCUCCGAUAUCUAUUGAACAGGUGGUUAAAAAACUUACGAGUGAAAUGAAACAAGCAAGAUAUCAUACGCAAGAUCUGGCCAAGACAAAUGAUUUCGUGACGCAUUUGGCGACGCGUGACACAUCAGAAAAAGAACGUACAAAACCGUCUCCCAUCGACGGUCCUUCAUCAGGCCGCCAACUUAAUGGCCGGCCAAAGGCACAUAGAAAUGAUUCAUUUUCCCGAUUUUCCGACCCUCCCGCCCCUCCUCCGCAAGAACCUCUGCCAGAGAAGCCAGAUGCGGCUUCCCGCUCCAAUCAUUCCCAAGCGAUCUCACCGUUAAAGCGGACUGAAACGGAGAAACUGAGAUCUCCUGCAAAUUCUGUUCGCGAAUCGAGCCAGAUUUUGUCGUUAAUAGAAGCACUUGCCAUCGCGAAAAAGGAGUUAGAUCUACAAAGCGCUCGAGUUAAAGAAUUAGAAGAGUUACUCCGGCACGAGAGAGUAGCUCGGGAAACGGCUGAAGAACGUGCGCGAGAACUUGAAGUUGAAUGUUCAGAGCCCGUCGUUGAAGUCAUAUCCGAACCCCAGCCAAGCCCAGAUGAAAGUAACCUGUCUGUGACCAACGUUGUCGAGCCCCUUGAUUCAAAGCAGGUGAAAGCACCGGAAGUGUUGGAGUCGCCCCUUGAAUCCGCCGCGCCGGAUUCCGUUGCUUCGGAAUUGCAGAUACGACUUGAUUCAUUGAUAGCAGAAAUGGAUGAAAUGCGCAAGGAAGUUGACCAGUACAAGAACUCGGCGGAACGGGCUGAAACAGAGGCUGCACAGAGCCGUAAAUCACUUGCAGAAAUGAUUGAACAAGUUCGCCGUGAGCGGACUGAAAUAGGUGCGAUGAAACCAACGGGGGCGGAAGAUACCUCUUCCGAUGCCCCCUCCGCAGAAGGGCCAUUAUAUACAGAAAACGACGAAGCAGCGAAAGUCCGCGAAGUCCUUGAGAUGCGGUGCCGACCUCUAUCACCCACCCGCAUGCAGGAACUGGAACGAGCAGCCACUGCCUUUGCCAAACAACGACAGCGGCGAACUAUAUUUGAGCAAUCAGCCCCUUAUGCCUCGAUGAUUGGCGUUGUAUUACUUGGAGUUGGGAUAAUGGCGUACCUGAACGGUUGGCAAAAAGGGGACAAAUGA